AUGGCAAGCGAUAUGUCAGUAUGCGGCAAGGUACGAAGAGGAUACCUAAGGACCAUGUCGACCGUCAAGAAAAACGUCUUUAGUGGUAACGUAGGGAAAAUGGUCAAAGAAAAUCCCAAGUACUCCUUGGACGGAAAUCGUAUUCCACAUUUCCCCUGUUUCGAGUGGAAAGAGAAAGCUGAUGAAUCAGUGAUCCAUGGUAACCACGGACCAAUGCAGAAUACCACAUAUUGUACAGAGGAACCAGCCAAAGCAGAGACCGAAAUGCAGGACGCACCUCUAAUCUCUCGUUAUUACCUAGAUUUGGAGUGUCCCAACAGACUCAAAGAUGAAUUGAAACAAUUCAGAGAAUAUAUGAAAAACUAUAAAACUGUACCCGACCUGCAAAAGAUUCGAGGAAUGGGGUUUACAGUUGGUGUAGGAUCUGGAACUUCUGAAUUAAUGAUCCGAUUUGCAAGGCUGAAUAGACGCAUGCUCAUUAUGGACCCUCUACCUGUGUACAAACAAUUUACGAUACAACGACCCAGGGCGCAUUUGGAACGUAUUCGAGAGGGAGCGAUGAGUGAUUUUGACCACACGCACUACCCCACAUACCUGAUCAUGAGGUCCAAAAGAAACGCCGAACUACUACAACAGUGUGAGCCUCUUGUUCGCAGAAAUGGUUUUCAUGUUACGUCAAGUAAAGGAGAGCAUGCGAUUAAGAAUCUUGCUAGCGUGUUUCGUGCACACGAUAGACUUUCUGAAGUUACUAAAUACUUUAGCGCAUUGAAGGAAUCAGUUAAUUCGUCUUUGGAAAGGGAAGGAUUUAAAGACAAUGUUCUCCAUGGGAAUGUUAUUCACGCCAGAAUGUGUGCUGACCCCAUUGGACACGCCUCUCUUGAUAAAGCGUGUGAGGUAGCCAUGGCAGCAAAUGCUGCGAAUCGCAACAUCAACACCAACUGCAAUGUUUCAUCACAACCAAUAAGCGAAAGAGUGGACAUGGGAUUCCUUACAUCAACAAAUGAUGAUCCAACAACGCUCGACGUAAUGGCGACUCUCGACGAAAUUGCUCUGCACGUAGACAUUAACCACAAGCACGAGUCUGAUACAAAGUUUGGGCCAAGAUUGAGGAUGCUCCCCACACAACGCCUGGAGAAGCCCAUCGAGCCCAAAGGCGACGACAUAUGGAUCUACAGAGGGACCAUUUCGCAUCCCACCCUCAACAACAGACUAGUCAACCCCGACUCAUCAUCUCCUAAGAAAUCGACUUCAUUCGUCCAGAAAUGUGUAACUUUCAACGAAGACUUAAACGAAGUACACACAUAUCCAAAAAGGAAAGCGCAUAGCAAAGUAAAAACGAUCGUCAGAAACAUUGUGAACAAGUUGUUCCAUUUAUGAAUUCGUAAUUACAUUUGCUAAAAGCCAUGAAGGUGAUGCAACCGGACUGUAGAUACAGUGACAUUGCAACUCACACCAAGUUCUUCCUAACAUUACUCGAUUGUGAUGCUAUUUUGACUUGAAAUAUUUUCAAGGGUUAUUAAAUGUGAAUCAUCCAUGCUUGUAAAUAAUACAUGCUUUUGGAUUGGAUAUAAUUAUGUAAAUGACACAAAUAUAUUGUAUA